AGAUAGUAUAACUUUUCGAACUAACAUCAUGCAUAUCACAACUAUUUUUGACCAAACUGCUCACACCGGAACUGGCCCUCUCGCCUGCUAUGAUGAUGCCAAGAUUAUUAAAUAUUUAAGUAACUCAACUCUCUGCACUUCAACUAGCACUACUGUGAUUCUAUUAUUUCAGUUAUCAAACAUACAAGAGGAAAAGAGUAAUGCAAUAUGCACUUUAAGACAAGAAAAGUUUAAUAACAAUUUCACUCUCAAGGACCUGCUAAAUAGUAUUCAGAAAAUUCUCUCAUUACUGUUUAAAGAUAUGUCAAAUGAUAAAGGCUUAUUAGAUUGCCUUCCAAUUUAUUCAUUUCUCUUUCUAAAUGAAAAAGGCUCUAGUUUAUAUAAUGCUUAUGAUCGUAAUGAAGUAGAAGAUAAAUUAGUUAUCAAAAUCGACCAAGAUGCUAAUCGGGCACCAAAGUUUUCUGUUGCAAAUGACAUUUCCGAAGUAUAUAGUUUACCUGGGAUUCAUGAAUGCAUUAAUGGUCAAAAACCUUUAAGAGCUGUGAUUAAUAUCGAUGCGUCAAAAGAAGACAUGGAAACAGCUGGUGUUAAGGGACAAGAAAUUAAGGCCCUUCGCAAGAAUAUACCUUUCUCCAUUAUUCAUAAUACUUACCAGCCUCAGAAAGGUAAGAUGUUCCAUCUAGCUCCUAAUAAAGAAACCAUGUUAGCUGAACUUUGGGAUUGGGCUAAGAAGGAUUUACAAGGAAUUAUUCGAGCCAUUAAAACUGAUUUUCCAGAAUUAUGA